AUGGAUCCAGACAACCAGAACCAAUGCCAGCCCCACCCUGAGAACCCAUCUGGACUAUCAGAGGUUUUAACCCCCACUCCAGCAGCACCUCCAGGCACAGAAACGCCAACCUCUGAACCCUGCGCCAAUGCUCCUGCUCCUCAACCGUCAGUCCCAGCCCGGCCUCGACGGCCUCAGAGGACCCCCAGAGUAGAGGGCUCUGUAGAUAUCUGUGAGCCCAAACCUGACCCCACAGAGGCUAACCAGGACAGAUCCACGCCUGAUGCUCCAGCUGGGGCCAGCCGUCAUAAGCCCCUGCGCCCUGGAGCAGCCAAGCCCCCUGGGGGACCUGGAGAGCCAGUGGGGUACACUGAAACCACUCUGAAGGCUGGCCCUAAAGUCCCAGGCCACCCCCCAGGGGCCCGGAACCCCAUCUCAAUGAGGGCAGCCUCAGUGCCCCAGCCACCGUCCUCCAGGCCUAUACCUCCCCAUCUCAACCCUCAUGCCCAGAGGGCCUUCUCCGUGUCGGGCACCGCGGACACACAGGCCCAGGUGGUAGAAGACUUCAGGUGA